AUGAAUACUAGCACAGCAUCAACGACGGGGAAGCACCAACGGCGGGGAACCAACAACGACAGAGAAAUACCAACGGAGAAGCACCAGCGGCGAAGAAGCACCAAUGGUUUAGAGUCAUUUGUGCAUCAAGGUGGCAUACCUCAAAUCUUCAAGUUGCCGCCAGACACCACGUGGUCUGGCGGCGAGCUCACACCGGAUACUGCAGGUUUCAGCGCGCCUCGAGGUUUACCACUUGAUGACUCAAUGGAACGACAACCAGGUGCUGACCUUCGCGGGCGCCAAUUUCCCCGGUCUAGUCAUUGGCCCGCACGUAGCAUAGGCACCCCAGCCCACGUCAACUCAAAAUUCUCGUUGUUCCGUCAGCCCGGACGCGAGAUGAGGGGGGCAUGGGCGGUCACUGUCGCCUACGUCGGAACCCUGUGGUGGCUCAGGCGUGGACCUCUCGACACCCGCUGUUGA